GGUUUUGUUUUCCAAUAUCUCAGUCCAUCGCCAUUGGAGACAGGGAAGAGAAAAAGAUAGAGCUCAAACACAGAUUAGAGAAGAAAGAUUAAACAAGAUAGAUAGAUAGCUAUGCGAAAUCGCACUCUUCUAAUCUUGUUUCUUGUUUUCUCUCUUCUCUUUCUCUCAGCCACCGCUCGUUACGUCCUUCUCCUCACACAGGACGAUCUCAUCGACCCUCCGACCCCUUCCGCCGUAGACGGCGACGAUUGGGACGAGCUUGGUGAAUCCGAGGCCAAACCCGAUGAAGAGAUCGAUCCAGGGUCCUGGAGGCCAAUCUUCGAAGACGAUAUCACAACAGGUGGCAGCGAUCCCGUCGACACAAGCGAUGACGAGGCGCUGUACUACUCCGGAGUUAGUAAGAUCGCUUCGUCCAUCAGUCUCGACGAUCCUAGAAUCAUGGAAGAGGCAGCAUCAGAGAUUGAGGCCGCUGCUGCAGGUGGAUACCCGCAUGCGCAGUCAACUUUAGGGUUUCUGUAUGAUAUGGGGAUGAUGCGAGAGAGGAACAAAGCGAAGGCGUUUAUGUACCAUCAUUUUGCCGCUGAGAGCGGGAAUAUGCAGUCAAAGAUGGUUCUAGCUUACACGUAUACUCGUCAAGAGAUGCAUGAAAAGGCAGUUAAGCUGUAUGCUGAACUAGCGGAAGUAGCUAUUAAUAGCUUUUUGAUAUCAAAGGACUCGCCUGUGAUUGAACCAGUGAGGAUUCAUACUGGAGCUGAGGAGAACAAGGAGGCUUUAAGAAAGUCCAGAGGAGAAGAUGAUGAGGAUUUCCAGAUAUUAGAAUACCAGGCCCAGAAAGGAAAUGCAGGAGCAAUGUACAAAGUUGGGAUAUUUUACUACUUUGGACUGAGAGGAAUAAGACGAGAUCAUCCCAAAGCAUUGUCUUGGUUCUCCAAAGCUGUGGAUAAGGGGGAGCCAAGAUCAAUGGAACUUCUUGGUGAGAUAUAUGCUAGGGGAGCUGGUGUGGAGAGAAACUAUACGAAGGCACUUGAAUGGCUAACUCUGGCUUCUAAGCAGCAACUUUAUUCUGCAUAUAAUGGAAUGGGAUAUUUAUAUGUAAAGGGCUAUGGAGUGGACAAGAAGAACUAUACCAUAGCAAAAGAGUACUUUGAGAAGGCUGCUGAAAACAAGGAAGCUGGUGGUUAUUACAACCUUGGAGUUAUGUAUCUCAAAGGAAUUGGUGUAAGGAGGGAUGUGAAGACAGCUUGCGAGUUCUUUAUGGAAGCUGCUAAUGCAGGGCAACCUAAAGCAUUUUAUCAAUUGGCAAAGAUGUUCCAAACUGGCAUUGGGCUGAAGAAAAACCUACCUAUGGCAACCUCCCUAUACAAACUUGUUGCAGAACGUGGACCAUGGAGUUCCUUGUCUAGGUGGGCCUUGGAAUCAUACUUGAAAGGUGAUGUGGGUAAGGCAUUCUUCUUGUAUUCAAGGAUGGCUGAGCUAGGUUAUGAAGUGGCUCAAAGUAAUGCAGCAUGGAUACUUGACAAAUUUGGAGAGCAUAGCUUGUGCAUGGGGGAAACAGGAUAUUGCACUGAUGCUGAAAGGCAUCUACGUGCUCAUACUUUUUGGUGGCAAGCUUCAGAACAAGGCAAUGAACAUGCUGCCUUGUUAAUUGGGGAUGCAUACUACUAUGGUCGAGGCACUGAGAGAGAUUAUGUGCGAGCAGCAGAGGCUUAUUUGCAUGCUAAAUCUCAGUCGAAUGCACAAGCCAUGUUCAAUCUUGGGUACAUGCAUGAACAUGCUCAAGGUCUUCCAUUUGAUCUUCAUCUUGCUAAGCGUUACUAUGAUCAAGCCUUGCAGAUUGAGACUGCUGCAAAGUUACCUGUAACGCUAGCUCUUACUAGUUUAUGGAUGCGAAAGAAUCAUGCCGAUAGUUUCUUGGUAAACCUCAUCGAUACCCUACCUGAUUUAUUUCCUAAAGUGGAAGCAUGGGUGGAAGAUGUAUUAUUGGAGGAGGGAAACGCAACAAUACUAACCCUCAUUGUUUGUCUUCUAACUGUCCUCUAUCUUCGUGAGCGACAACGUAGGCAAGCUCUCGUUCCUCCCUUGCCUCAUCCACAUGAUAACGGUGUACAAAAUUUUGCAUUCGAGUAGUAUAUAUAUAUGAAAUAGGCUUACCAGAUGUGUUUAUUGUCAAAAUGUUAGGAAUUGAAUUCGUUUUUUCAUUGUUUUUACCUUAAAAUCAUAAAAUAACACUCUCUUGAGCUUUCUCUUGUGAUGUCUAUACUUUUGUGAAACCUGAGGAAAUGAAGAGACCAUGUAAGUAAGGAAA